GGUAGAGACAAUCAAUUUGAUGGUUUUUCCAAAUUAAAAGUCGAGUUUUUUUGUUAGAUUUAAGAAGCAGCUUUAGUUUUUUAUGCAAGGCGGAGCUAUUACUCCGUUUUUCUUUUAUUUUUGUAUUCUCUUUCCCGCGAUACCUUUGCACUGCAGAGUCAAGGUUUUUCUUCUGCCCCUCCACGCCUGCAAAAAUUUCAUGAUCAUUCUACUCUUUAGUAACACAAGAAGACGAAGCUAGGGUUUUGUAUCAGAGAAGAAGAAAGAUGAGUACAGUGGACAAAAUGCUGAUCAAGGGUAUCCGUAGCUUCAGCCCUGAUAAUAAAAACGCCAUUACUUUCUACAAACCUCUUACCCUCAUCGUUGGACCCAAUGGAGCUGGCAAGACAACGAUAAUCGAAUGCCUGAAGCAUGCUUGCACAGGUGAGCUGCCCCCAAAUGCAAGGUCUGGUCAUAGUUUUAUCCAUGACCCUAAGGUUGCUGGAGAAACAGAGACAAAAGGGCAAAUAAAACUGAGGUUCAAAACAGCAGCUAGUAAGGAUGUGGUCUGUAUUCGAUCGUUUCAGUUGACUCAAAAGGCUUCAAAAAUGGAGUACAAGGCCAUUGAGAGUGUUUUACAGACCGUCAAUCCUCAUACUGGAGAGAAAGUUUGUUUGAGUUACAGAUGUGCUGAUAUGGACAGAGAAAUUCCUGCAUUGAUGGGCGUCUCAAAGGCUAUUCUGGAAAACGUCAUAUUUGUGCAUCAGGAUGAGGCAAAUUGGCCUCUACAUGAUCCAUCGACCUUGAAGAAGAAAUUUGAUGACAUCUUCUCUGCUACAAGGUAUACAAAAGCCUUGGAAGUCAUAAAAAAGCUUCACAAAGACCAGGCUCAGGAGAUAAAGAUGUACAAGUUAAAGUUAGAGAAUCUUCAGACAUUAAGGGAUGCUGCAUUCAAGCUCCGUGAAAACAUUGCUCUAGAUCAUGAGAAAAUUGAGUCCCUCAAAUCCCAAGUCCAGGAACUUGAAAGGAACAUUCAUGACAUGGACAAAAAAAUCCAGGCCACAGAAACAAAUCUCAAUGAAUUGAGGAAGCUACAGGAAGAAAAAUCACAUUGUAACACUAAAAGAAGUACACUGUACAAACUGCAACAAACGCAGUAUGCAGCUCUUGCUGAAGAGAAUGAAGACACGGAUCAGGAAUUAUUGGAAUGGCAAUCUAAGUUCGAAGAAAGAAUCACAUUGUUGGAGACUAAAAUAAGCAAGCUGGAAAGGGAGCAGGGGGAUACAACGACAACCAGUUCUUUGCUUUCCGAGAGAAUUAAUGAAGCAAUCCGCGAAGUUGGAAAGCUCCAGGCUGAAGCCGAUGCUCAUGCAUCGUUAAGGCAUGAACGAGACACAUGUAUCCAGAAAUUUUUUAUGAAGCAUAAUUUGGGCUCUGUUGAGAGCAUUCCUCUUAGCAAUGAGGUGGCUUUCAACCUUACUAACCGAGCCAAAACGAGACUGAAAGAUCUUCAGAAAGACUUGAUUGAUAAAAAGGAGUCCAAUGAUUUGAAACUCAAUGCUUUGUGGAAAAGCUUUGAGACUGCGACUGCCCGCUGUAGUGAAAUUGAAGGCCAGAAGCUAGCAAAAGUUCAGAAGAAGGAAGAUAUUUCAAAGCGCAUACAAACUAUAGAGGAGGAACUGGGAACACUUCAACUCUCUGAAGUGGAUAUGGCUCGCAUAGAUGAAAAAGAGAAGCUUCUGGAAUCAGAAGUUCAGAGACGAACCUCCGAACUUGCGCAAAGAAAUUUUGAAUCCAACAUACACCGCAUAAAGACUGAAAUGUUUAGCAUUGAUCAAAAAAUAAAAUCUCUUUAUCGUGAGAAAGAUGUGAUGGCUAGUGAUGCAGAGGAUAGAGUGAAACUGAAUCUGAAGAAGGAAGAACUAGAAGGACACAAGAGAAAACAUGCGAAAAUCAUGGAGGAAUGCAAGGAGAAAAUAAGAAGUGCACUGAAAGGGAGGCUUCCUGCUGCCAAGGACUUGAAAAGGGAAAUCAGCAGUGCACUAGGGUCUCUUAGAAAGGAAUAUGAUGAUUUAAGCUUGAAAUCUAAUGAAGCAGAAAAAGAGGUAAAAUUAGUAGAGAUGAAGAUUCAGGAGACAAAUGCUAGUUUGUCCAAGCUCCAGAGAGACAUGGAAGCCAAGAAGCGAUUUUUUGAUUCUCGACUCCAAUCCUUAAUUCACCUUUCAUGUGACCUUGAUUCCUAUCCUGUAGUACUACAAGAGGCUAUGGAAAAAAGAGAUGUCCGCAAAAGCCAGCAUGACAUUGCUGAUGGUAUGCGGAGGAUGUUUGAACCUUUCGAAAGAGUUGCACGUGCAAAUCAUGUUUGCCCAUGCUGUGAACGUCCAUUUUCUCCUGAAGAGGAGGAUGAGUUUGUUAGAAAGCAAAGAGCAAAAAGUGCAAGUUCUGCAGAGCGGGUGAAGGAGCUAGCUGUGCAUUCCUCUGAUGCAGAUGUAGUCUUGCAGCAGUUGGAUAAGCUUCGGACUGUACAUGAGGAUUAUAUAAAACUUGUAAAAGAAACAAUUCCCUCUACCGAGAAAAAGCUGAAAGAGCUCGAGGAAGAUCACGACCAUAAGUCUCAGGCGCUUGAUGAUCUUGUUGGUAUAGUAGCGCAGGCUAAAGCAGAAAAGGAUUCGUUGGAGAGCUUGGUCCAACCAGUUGAAACAGCAGAUAGACUUUGGCAAGAGAUGCAGACUAUCCAAAAGCAAAUUGAAGAUUUGGAAUAUAAGCUUGACGUUCGUUCUCAGGGUGUCAGAUCAUUGGAAGAGAUUCAGGCUGAGCUGACGAGUUUACAAGAAACAAGAGAUAAUUUGACCAGGCAACUGGAGAAUCUAAGAGAAGACCAAAGCUACAUGAAUAAUGAUCUGGCAAAUAUGCAGAUGCGGUGGCAUGCUGCAAGGGAAGAAAAGUUGCAAGCAUCUAGUAAGUUAACUCGAGUCAACGACUUAACAGAAGAAAUAGAGAGGCUGAAAGAAGAGAAAAGUCAAAUGGAUAUUGACAUUCAGCUUCUAUCAGAGGCUCAUGUACCAUUGUCCAAGGAGAAGGAUAAGCUGUGGAAGGAUCAUAAGGAUAUUAAACUGAAGUUUGAGCAUGAAUAUGAUGAGCAUGCUGAAAUUCUCAGAAGUUUCCAGCACGAAGUUGACACCCUCUCCACUUAUGCAUCAAAGAUAAAAGCAUAUAAUGAUUCAAGAAAAGGAGAAAGGCUCAAGGAACUUCAAGAAAAGCAAUCACUUUUGGAAUCUCAGCUGCGGAAAUGUGAGAGCCGGAAAGUGGAAGUUUCGGCAGAAUUAGACAAAAGCAAGGAGUUGUUGCGAAACCAGGAUCAAGUGAAAAGAAAUAUUGAUGACAACUUAAGUUACAGGAAAACAAAGGCUGAAGUUGACGAUCUUACUCAUGAGAUAGACUCUAUCGAAGAUAAGAUGAAGAACAUUGGGCCAUUUCAAGUUUUUGAAUCUGAUCUUAAAAAGCAAUUGCAGGACAAGGAGAGACUUCUUUCAGAGUUGAACAGAUGCCAUGGAACAAUGUCAGUUUACCAGAGCAACAUUUCUAAGAACAAAGUAGACCUUAAGCAAGCACAAUAUACUGAUAUUGACAAGCGAUAUUGUAAUCAGCUAAUUCAACUCAAGACCACUGAAAUGGCAAAUAAAGACCUGGACAGAUAUUAUAAUGCUCUUGACAAAGCCUUGAUGCGCUUCCACACCAUGAAAAUGGAAGAAAUAAAUAAAAUCAUAAAGGAACUGUGGCAGCAAACGUACAGGGGACAGGACAUUGAUUACAUAAGUAUUCACUCUGAUUCUGAAACCUCUGGGACACGUUCUUAUAGUUAUCGGGUUCUCAUGCAAACUGGUGAUGCUGAGCUGGAAAUGCGAGGAAGAUGUAGUGCUGGUCAGAAGGUACUUGCUUCACUUAUAAUACGCUUGGCGCUUGCCGAAACAUUUUGCCUCAAUUGUGGAAUACUUGCCCUAGAUGAACCAACUACAAACUUGGAUAGUCCAAAUACUGAAAGCCUUGCUUCUGCACUCUUGAGGAUUAUGGAGGAUAGAAAGGGUCAGGAGAACUUUCAACUGAUAGUCAUUACGCACGAUGAAAGAUUCGCUCAGCUUAUUGGCCAACGACAACAUGCGGAGAAAUACUACCGUAUCACGAAGGAUGAACAGUGGGAGUUGCCCAAAUCGCUCUCAUAUUUGAAGGAGAUUCCAAACCAUCUCUGUAAAUAUUGUGCUCGAAUAUGCUGAUGGUGAAAUUAGUGCAUGGAUCCCAUGGCCACAUGGAUUUUCAACCUUUAAAUAGAUGCUGAUGGUGAAGUUAGUGCAUGGAUCCCAUGGCCACUGGGAUUUUCAACCUUGUUUUAAACAUGGAAAUGUAUGCAAGAAACGAGGUGAACUUUUCUAUGGAAUUUUCACAUCAUCCCAGCCAUCAGAGUUGAAUAAAGGACGCUGGCGCAUGCUUCUCCUCUUAAAAUCCAUCAAGUUUUAAUGGUUUUAGCAGAUAAUGGAUUGUGAGAAGAGGCAUGGUACUGGUUUGUUGCUCUGCUAUUCAAAAUGAUUCCUUUCAUUUUUGUAAUUGUCUAAUUGUCUCGAAUUUUCAUAAGCAGCAUUAAUUAAUGUUCUCUUAAAAUUCUUGGUUUUCAUUGUAGACGAAUCCCUUCAAUGUUAAGAUUGUACUAACCUUUUAAAAUGGUACCCCUGACUUGAAUUCUCAUGCUAGGAAUGCUACCAAUGAUUGGCUUCACUCUUAAGUAAAAAAAAUGCAUGCAUUCUGAUGCAUUCAUCAUUUUGAAAUCAUUACAUCAAUUACCUUAAAUGUCAAGUGAGUAUAAGGUUAAUAUAUCUAUUAAUUGAUGGCAUUGACUCUCUCUCUCACUCAUUAUGUUGAUCCCUGUCAGAUUCUCGUCGAUGUUUUUACUUGAUCACUUGUCCAUAAUUAGCUUCCUGUUCACCGUGUACAAAAUUGAUGUACAAACCACUAGUACAAAAUCGAUUUACAAUUGUAGGUAUCGUUGUUACAAUUACAAAGUUGAGCAUGCGAUUAGACAAUUAUCGAAAGAUGGGAUUGGUGGGGCAAAGUGGGUCUUUGUCCACCCCUUUAGCCAAGCCACUUUAGUUGCCCUACAUGAAUGAACCACCUUCACAUCCAUAAUCUCAAGACAUUCCCAAAUUUCUCUCAACCCUCUCUUUAGCUCCCAGGGACAGGAAUGGACUUGUUAGCAGCAAUGGAUGAAGUUACCUUUGAUGAUGAAUCGAUUGACUCUAUGGUUGCACGACCUCGGCCAUUACAAGAGCUAGCUUGCUUAAGCUUCAUUGGAGUCACAUAUUUGAUGAGGCCUGGAAUAGUGGGCCAAAAUUCUUCCUUCAUGAUCUUUGCGGGGCUAACAUCAAAGUUUAGUUUGAACUCUCCUGGAGGCAGAGGGAGCCAUCUGAUAGGUGCAUCUUUCUUGGGAGGACAGAUAAGGCUGUCUCCUUUAAAUUGCAUAUGGAAAUCUGUGGGUGGAAAAUAGACAAAUUUCUUUAUGAGCUAUGCCUAUGAGUUCGUAGUUGCUUUGAGUUUACUAAGUAGGAAUGCAAUUCUGUCUGGUCAACUUUGAAGGUCUGGUUGUUUUGCUUGAGCCAAAUAAACCGUAAAAGUUCCCAGAAUUGAAGAUGCAUCCUUGUUUAAGGAAUAGAGGGGAGUUCCACUGCAUGACCCGGAGUGUACUGAAACAGGGCAGACCCACUGCAAGUCAAACAGCCCGAGCACACCAAAUAUCGAUAGCAAAUGAGCAAUUAUAAAACAAGAUGACUUACCGAUGCAGCUUCUUGCUUACACAAAUUGCUAACAUUUGCAAGAGUCAUUCCUUGGUAUCUCAGGCAAUUAAGGGCAGGGCUUUCCCGAGUAUUGGUAGAAAUGCUUGGGACUUACGGGGCCUAGGAAGGUUUUGUACACUCUCAGCUCUCUGAUCAGGACUUCUUUGACCUGCAACCACAAGGUAAUAAAGAUCUUACUUGAAAACUCACAUUGGGGAUCUUGGAUUCUUUGAUCUGCAACCAUAUGGUAAUAAAUAUCUUAGUUGGAAUAUCACCUUGGGGAUUCGGUUCCCAUACUGCUAUAUCACGGCUGGGUAGGUAGCUGACCAUUGGCAGUUGGUGCUGGGGAUUGGUGAACAUGGAAACCUCCCCAUUGUAAAACCAGUUUUGAUGAAAUGUAUGUUUCAGUACUCUUGAGGACGUGACCAAAAAUCACCUCCUGAACAGUGGAGUCAAGAUCAAAUGGCUUGGGGAACACUACACAUUCAAUUCUGGAUCGGGCAUCUCUCUUGCCAAAAACUCACUCUUGAUCCAUCACCCUCUAUUAGCAUUCAUAUAUGGAACAUAAUCAGAGUUCAGCCAUCGUUAAUUGUUGCCCUCUCCAUUUGGGUCUCCCUAGCCAUCUUGUGGUCUGCAUGGUGUUAUUUAUCAAAUACCACCUCCUUUUGGAGUUGGGAGUGCUCACACGCAUCUCCACUAUUUCCUUGAAUGAGCAGCUUCAUAUAUUUUCUAAAACUAAUUUUAGAAAUCCAAGUUGAAGAAUCAAAACUUGAAGAGGUAGUCAAGAAGCAUGUGAAAAUGAUAUUGUCUAGAUGUAUAUUUGAGUUUUGUAGAAGUGCAGGGAUGAUUUUCAUCUAGGAAUUUUGUUGCUUGAAUGUUUCUAAUAAGUUCUGUC